AUGCAAGCAAAAUUCGUCCACAAAGCCCUCGAGUUCCCUAGCUCAGAGAUCCGCCUGCUAGAGCUUCUGCCCGGUACUGGCAGAGAGAAAAUACAAUGCCGUCUGUCCACCUCUCCGUUAUGUGAUCUGCCUUCUUACCAGCCCCUGUCAUACUGUUGGGGCUCGCAAAUAAACCUCGUGGAAAUUUUCGUUGCCGGCGAAAGCUUCCUCGUGACACGCAACCUCGCUGCAGCACUCAGGCGGCUGCGACGACCCAAAGAUUCAUGCAUCUUAUGGGUUGAUGCCAUCUGUAUCAACCAGUACAACAAGCUCGAGAAGAGCUUCCAGAUCCCUUUGAUGGCCGAAAUCUACCGGCGCGGUGAGCGGACCAUUGUCUGGCUGGGCGAACACGACCGCAGGACGGCCCGCGCGUUUACUAUGUUGGAGGUCAUGGCAAGAUAUGUCGACACAGUUUCGAAAGACAAGUUAGUGAGGCUACAUCCGGACAAGUGGCACCUCGUACGCUCUGGGCACGCACGGACAUCUGUUUUCGGGCGAGCAUGGUUUAAGCGCGUGUGGAUUAUACAAGAGAUCGCUAUG